GCCGGCAGCAGGGCCGGGCGGCGGAGGCGGCCCUCGCCGCGCCGCGGCCAUGGAGCCCGAGCAGCUGCGCCUUUCCGCGGCCGCACAUGGCCAUGGAGGCUAUGAUUCUGAUUUUAGUGAUGAGGAGAGUGGAGAGAAGUCUCUGCAAAAGACUAAAAGAAUACAGGAAGAUGCCCUUCUGAUAAAGCCAUUCCAAAAACCAAAACAAGGCAGUGUGGUUCACAGACAAUUUGCCACUGAAGAAUGUGAUAGGGAAGAAGCAAGAAAAAGAAGAUUUCACUUGAUAUCGAUGGAUGCUUAUGAAAGACAUAAGAAGUUUGUGCAUGACUACAUUUUAUACUAUGGCGGCAAAAUAGAGGAUUUCCGAAGAUCUGGAGCAAAUGACAAGACAGAUCUUGAUGUUAUUAGAGAAAACCAUAGAUUCCUGUGGAAUGAAGAAGAUGAAGCAGACAUGAAUUGGGAGAAGAGGCUUGCAAAGAAGUAUUAUGACAAAUUGUUCAAAGAAUACUGUAUAGCAGAUCUCAGCAGAUACAAAGAAAAUAAGUUUGGAUUUCGAUGGCGACAUGAAAAAGAAGUAAUUUCAGGAAAAGGUCAGUUUUCCUGUGGAAAUAAACACUGUGAGGAGAAUGAAGGCCUGAAGAGCUGGGAGGUGAAUUUUGGUUACGUUGAACAUGGUGAAAAGAGGAAUGCACUUGUAAAAUUGAGACUAUGUCCAGAAUGUUCCCACAAGCUAAACUUCCAUCACCGGAGGAAAGAAGUCAAAGCAUACAAGAAAAGAGGCACAGCUGCACAGAACUCCAAGGAGCCAAAAAAUAAGAAGAGAAAAUUGUCUCGUUCAGCAAAAAAGAAGUCCAAAAAAAAGACUGGUAAAGAUCAGGUUUCUUCAGACGAUUCAGAUAAUUCUGAUAAAGAUUCAGAUGACAGCAGUGCUGAAGAUGGUCCUUCAGAAGCUGACUCUUUGAAAGGUCCUCUACGAGAAGCAGAUGAAAAAUCACGGGAAGAGGAGUUUCAUGAGUAUUUUCAAGAUUUAUUUCUCUAAAACUUGCAUUUGUUGUUGGCUGAUUUUCUUCAUGAGUUGUCAAGAUGGAAGUCUGGAAAUCCAGUCAUAAUUUUCCAGAGAUCCCUAUCUGCCAGCAUACUUUUUCUACAGUCACUCAUAUGGACCAUUUGGGUGGAUUUUCUUUGUAGAAGGAUUUAAAUCUAAAAACUUUAUUUCUUGUAGUAGGCUGCAUACUCUUGAAACAAGAGAAAUAAUUUUUCAGUUCAGUGCAAAAUAUAUAUGGCACCCAAACUUAUACAAACAAGAAUAUAGUUUAUUAACAUUACAACAAGGAAGUUCACUGCUUUUUAUUUGAUCUCAAACUUCAGUUAUUGCCAGAUUUUUGUAAAGGAGCAUUUUCUAAGAUUGUGUGAGUAGUUUAAAGCCAUACACUUUAUUUAUAUUUUUAAUUUAUUAAACAGGAAUAAAUAGCCUUAAAUUUAUUGGCUAUUUAGAUUUUAAUAUUUGGGUAUUAAUCUCUGUAAAUAUUUUCAAAUGCUAUUGGAGAACAUCACAUUUUGUCAAAUAUGUAUUCUAUCUCUCCUGCUCCUUUAAAAAGUUCAGUUUAUUGUGACUUUCUUUUAAAUUUUAGUUGUAAUGUGAUAUGUCUUACAAUUCCACCUAUAAAAAUAUGUUUGACUGGUGAAAUUUUUGGUGUAAAAAAUAACAUGCAGCUUUCUACUGGAGAUGUGCGUGACUUUCAUGUUAUCUGUGGCUUCUGAUCUCCUUCCCAUUGACUGAACGUUAAUCCUUCUUUCACGUGUAAUCCUGAAUUUACAAAUAAAGCCUGUAUAUUGCUUGAGAAACGUACUGGAUUCAUCUUCUUUCACUUGCAGCACAUCUUUAAACAUUCAUUCAGUCAUGUUUCCAAAGAAACAGACUGCACAUGAAAAAGUACUAUGCCAAUAUAUUUUCUGUCUGGUGAAAAUUACUUUGUAUAUGAGGUCACACUUUUUAAAAUUAAGUUUUCAUGUUAAUCUGAGUAAGUUAGUGUUGUAUAAAAUAUAUUUUUGAUAAGUACUUCUCACUGUAGGCGUAGAAAGUAUUUCUAGUAAGUAUUUGAUGUGGACACCAAAACAGCAGAGAUGGUUGUAGUGUAUUUAUGAACAUUUCACAUGCACUCACAUGAAUAAGUUAAGAACUCUAUUUACAAGUAUUACUUACUAUAAUUACAUUUUAAACAUUUUGUACUUACAUAAUAGAUGUACAAGGACAUAUUUAGGGCGUCCUUGAGUAAGAAAUAAACGUAUCCUUGCAUGAAGGCUUCUUUAGGUAAGAAGGGGGAUUUAAAGGUUAAUUCUCUGUCAUCUUGCAAGCUUGGCUGAGAGUCAAAUCCAAUCUGCAGCAAUCUGCUUAAACGUGUGCAACUUGCCCCAAGGGGCUUCUGUCGACUGCGUUGCUAUUUUUGUUGCUUCAAGUAUUGUAUAUUAAUUAUAUGUUCUGAAUAACUAGCUUCUCUUUGGGUCUUUAACAUACAGUUAUAAAAAGUUACACUAUACAUAUUAAAUACAUAAUUUAAUACAGUUUAAACAAAAUUACAUUAUCAGACAACCUUGAAAUGGUUUUCUUUAGCAGCGGCAUUUAAUACAGAAACUAACGUGAUACCCAGUUCUAUGUCAUAACUGUUUGCAUAAAAUACUUGGUUCAUUUACAAGUCAGAAUGUGGUGAGUGUUUGGAGGUUUUUUGUGGAUUCCUUUAAUUUUGAGUGAGAAAUGUGCACAGUUAUCUCUGUUCACAGAGCAUUCUUAGAAAGGUUUAUAAGUAGCAAAUUGCUCAUUCUCCUUCUGUAUGGGUACGGAGGGUCCUUCAGAGGAAAGAAAAAGGUCUGCUUUGUUCAAAGGAGCAGGAAAAGUGGCAGGAUUGAGUCUGAAUGUUGAAUUUCUCUAUUGCAGGAGUUGCAUUUGACAUCCACCUCCUUAGAUUUGAAACUGGUUCCAGUGAAUACUCAGGUGUGUGUCUAACAUAGUGGCCAUUUGCCCUCCUUCAUGGAGGAGCUGGCUUCCCGAGUGGAAGGUACGGAGUGGACUUGGGGGGGAAGGUCAGUGUUCAUGAAGAGCUAAUUUGUGUGCACUCUGUCUACUUGGUUUCUUGUUAUCUGGUAGAAACACAGGUAAUGGCAAUUUUGAUGUGCUUUACUUCUGCUUUGCUCUCCCUCAGAAGAUUAAAUUGAUGCCAAUUAAUUGGUUUUCAAAUACUUUAAUUUAUUGCAUUUUGAAAGAGAUGCACUGGGAGUAUGUGAGCUUUUAAAAUGCCCUUGAAGGCAGAUCCUGCUGUAGAUAUGCUGGUGUAUCUUAGUAAACUUUUACUUGUGUGUAAAGUAUGACGUUUGUGGUCUGCUAUUUUACAUUUUUACAAUAAAAGCUGCUUAGUUUAGGAACUGUG